ACAGCACAAAGUGAUUGAACGAAAGCCUAAGUGGAUUAGCAGCUUGGAGGCCUUUAAAAGGGGAGCCUCCGACGGACAGAGGUGUAGAACAAGCCAGAAGCUGACAGAGACAAAACACAGCUUUGGAGAAACGCAAAUACACACAAUGGCAGACGUUGCAACUCCCGCUGACAGAAAGGCCCCCCCUAAAUUCAAGCAGAGGACCACUCGCACCUUCAAGAGCAAGGCGCCCAAACCUGGACAGAAAGGAUUUGGAGACGACAUUCCCGGCAUGGAGGGCCUGGGCACAGACAUCACAGUGGUUUGCCCAUGGGAAGCUUUCGGGGACAUGGAGCUCAGCGACCUGGCCAAAUAUGGAAUUGUUUAGGGCUCUUCCUGCUGUCCUUACCCUUCUUGCAGUUCCUCAUGUGGUCUUCCUCUAUGUCUUCUAUGCUGUACAGAAGCAGCAGCUUAACACUUUAGAGGUCUGAUCAUAGAAAAAGUGAGAUAUUGUUCCUUUAUGCACUUUACUUUCCAUUGCCUUUCCAACAAACCUCCUUUCCCCUUCUUUCCUGUUAACCCGUCUCUUGGACGUCCACUGCUUUCAGCAGAGAUGUGAAAAAUUGCCAACAAUAUUGAAUAACAUUUUGUUAAAUGAAAAAAACAUUCUAACAUUCAGAAUCCUGAUAUUUUCCCCUCUGUUCCCCCCUUUUUCCUGUAAAGCUGCUAUUCAGUAUUUUUUCAUGUGCUAGCCAAACUGUUUCUACCUGUUCCAUAUUAUUUAUUUCACUGUGUGGAGGAAAAAAAUCAAUAAUAAAUCUAAAAACUUCCACUGAA